GCGCUCCACGACCGUAAAGUCAGAUCAGCAGCACCGUUCACGAUACAUAAAAACUAAGAUAUAUCUCUCAUAAACCGUCCCAAGACAUACCAAAAUUCCCUACUCCUCUCAAAUAGAAGGGUCGGCCCAUGUAGUGAUAUCGCGACCGAGGCCAUUACGAAGUCGGGGAAAUCACCGACUCCCCCACCAACAAAUCGAAACCUCCUCUCAAACAAGAAUUGAUACGGGUUUAGACUUUAGAAUCGUGUCAGUCCAUCUCGGAAAAUGCUGUGCGAUUUUCUAACGUCCGACUGUUUGUGACACUCAUCCGAAACCAGGAGAUCGAGUUAUGUUCCGUGUUCUCGGAAAGGAGGAUUGCUGUAGACGAAUUUCCUUCCUUUAGCAUUCUUCCGACUCGGAAUCAUGAAUUGCCACCAGAUCCUGAGCGGUGCCUGUAAUGCUGGCGAUCGCUGCUUCGCCGUCGGUAGCGUCGAAGGGAUCCCGUUCACUGCUUAUGCUGCCGGUUGCAAUAUUGUGAUUUUAGCAAGCACUUUCGAAAGAGUUCAGAUUAUACCAGGAGCAAUCCACAACUACGUCAGAAUAAGCUGUGUGGACUGCUCAACAGACACUGGAAAAAUCGCUGCCGCCUAUGAACGUCAAGUUUGCAUAUUUGAACCAACUCCUCUCAUCCACAACAACAGCGAUCAUCAAUUAGAUUAUCGAUGGGUGGAAACCGGUUCAUGGCAGACAGAUUGCAAUAUCACGUCUCUUUCAUGGAACCUGGAAGGGACAAGACUCCUCACAGGAGGGGCUAUUCUUCAGCUCUGGCAUCAGAACACACCGAUGCAUUUAGUUGACGAUGACCACGAUGGAAUGACCUCAAGUGGUGUCACAUUCGAAAUUGGAGAAGAUGCUUGUGGAAGCCUGAAUAACGGGCUCGAAGAGGAGAUUGAAAAGGGAUGGGAAUGCGUAUGGAAAUGUGCUACAGCUACUCCAGUACUUCAUAUGGCAUUUUCGCCAGAUGGAACGCUUUUUGCAACUGCUGGUUAUAAUGAUAGACUAGUCAAAAUAUGGUUUGAAAAUAAACAAUUGUUAUUUCCUUCUAAAAGUUCUGAUCAACAAUCUAUGACGUAUGGAAAUCCUGGAGUAAGUGAGAUUAAUUAUGGAUUUGUGUAUAUUUCUCAUCCGAGGGCUGUCACACAAUUAUCCUGGAGAAAGACUAGUAAAUAUAUGCCAAAGGGUUCAGUUUCAAACAUGUUGGUCACUUCUUGUCGCGAUAAUAUCUGCAGAAUAUGGGUAGAGACUGUCUUGCCGGAUGAUGGGUUAGUAAAUAUGCAGCAAUUUGAUCCGCUAGCAGCUCAAAAUCCAAAAUUCAGAACACAUAGGCAUAAACAUAGAUUCAUGCAACGUCUGAAACAUAUGAAGACCUGUUUUCAUUUGCGUCGAAACGCUAAACAAAGCCAGUCUGGCAUGUUUGGGCCAAACACUACGAUUCCUACAUUGCCUUCAACGUACAGCGUCCAUGAUUUUCAUAGCUAUGGCUUCCAUGGAACAGGAGUAAUCCCUGGACUUCACUUCCAUUUAGCAGCUUCCAUAAACGCCGAAACUGAUAUACCAUUAGUACCUAGUCUUAUCACUGGAGACCCAGAAAGGGAGCCAAAUUUUGUUCUGCACUGGUUAAACAACAAGGAAAUGCACUUUUCACUGCAAGCUGAAAAUAUUCUUCAUGAGUUAACACGGAAAGUUGUGGAAAAGGAGGAAGGCCUUGGAUUUGACAAUAGCAAUGUUGAAUCUUCAGAACAUCACGAUUCAGAACAUGAUGAUAAAACUUUAUAUUCCAAAAAGCGUAGUGGAAAAGUCACAAAAUCGGUUUCGCAAGAUGAAAGUGGUAGCGAUGAACAUCACCAAAGUAGUUUUCCUUCAAGUGGACAUCAGACUUUAAGCAAUGCAACAUCAAUAAAUUCAUUGGCGACUGACACUGGACCUCCAGUAGCGCAUACGGCUGAUAACUUGGACCUUAAAAUAGAAAAUCUGUUAAGAGAUUGGCAUCAUAGUCCUGAUUUGUUAUUUGCAAUACAUCCAAUCGAUGGGAGUUUUUUAAUCUGGGUACUGGAUUGGCUGGAUGAAUACCAUCCAGGUUCGUUUCGCCAAGCUCAAGUUUCAUUCUCAACAAGAAUACCGACUGCGUUUCCCUUGGGUGAUGCCAUUGCUAUGUCAAAUAACAUUUGCUUGUAUCACACUUCAGGCUGCCAUUUACAGCUUGUUUUUAGAGAUGUUGUUAAAACUGCUGCUGGUUCACGUUCACCUCCAAACGGUCCAACUACAACUGGGAGUGAUUGUGGAGAAACGGGUGUUACGUCUUUGCCCAGUGUUAUCGAAGAAGAUGGAGAUCGUACUGGCGAAAAUGAAGAAAGUAAUAACAACAACAGAGGUGAACAAACAAACGGGGAAUCAAAGAGUUCAACAUCGGAUAUUCUUACUGCACCUCCGUGCCCUACUCUCUCCAUGGUUACAAAACACUCAAAUGGAACUCUUAAUCUCUGGCAACUUACUUUUGCCGAUAAAACAAAGUUUUCUCAGGUUCUCAGUAUAGGCCAUGCUUCAAGAGCUUCAGGUCAUAGAUUUAGAGUUAAUGAUAUCACAUGCCAUCCAGUCUUACCUUUACUUCUUACCACCUCUCACCACAACUUGCCUGAAGGACAAGAAUACUCACCAAAUGGGUCCUCUUCUUUAUCACCAACUGGUUUCUGCAGUGAGUUGAUUUUGUGGAGAGUAGACGCUGUUGGUCCUUUGUCUAAAUCUGGCGGAGUAUCUGAGCUUGCAAGAAUCAACUCUCCCCAAAUAUCAGCAUUUUCAAACGUCGCUUGGAUCCCGACACUCCUUCCAAGCACAACAUUGGGAAAUCUUUCGAAUUCUCCUUCUGCUUGCUUUGUUGCGUCUGACGGUGAGAGCUUGCGGGUUUAUCAGGCUGUUAUCGAUGCAAGGACGUUACUCGCUGAGGUUUCUUCAUCAGAAAGGCGUAGCCGCAUUAUGGGUUCUCUUGUGAGUCUGUCUACUGAUAUAUCUUCAGAUGAUGGAGCGAAGCAUUCUUCAUUGCACGACCGUAUAAAAAUUGUCUCCCAGCAAUCAACAGCCAGGCCAGGAUGUGUAAUACAGUUAGAUGCAAUAUCAGAUGCUACGCAUGAUUGGCAAAAUACCCAAUUGCUCCAUGUAUUCCAGUCCCAAUUGAUCACUGGGGAGAGAGAAGUCAUAGGAGAUAAAGCUGGUCUAGGCCUCCUAGAAAGUAAUUUAGGGGCAAUGGUUGACCUUCACCAGACAGCGGAAUUUGAAGAACCGUUCUAUUUGGUCGUCUUGGAACGUACAAAUCAAGGCACUGCAAUUCAUAUGUGGAGACUGAUUAUCGCAUCACAGCCAGACAAUUCUGCUGUUGAUGGCUUAAGUGGAAGCAUGAUGUAUGUUCCUGAUAGUCAGCUUGUACAAGAUGAAGAUGAUAUAGAAAGUUCCGGUCGGCAAGGAGCUGGAAUCGAAGAGGACAUUAAUACUGGAGGUUUUCAGUCCCCUCAUGUCAGCAUUUCUACCACUAAGGUUUGUACACAAGAACUGCCGUUACCAGAUGGUGUGGAUGUUAUUCAUGCUGCUCCAGCCGGUGGCCAUUUGAGCUCGGCCUCGAUUUACCCAGCCUGUUUUGCUCCUUAUAUCAUAGUCACCGCUUGUUCAGACAGCACUGUUAGGUUUUGGAAGUGCAAUGUUAAUAAGUAUCAAGAAGGUACUAAAGCCAAAACGAGCUACCGUUGGACAGAAUGGGAAAUGCUUAGAAAGGAUAAAGAAUCUAUUAUUGAAAUCCCUGGUCAACCGCUGAAUAUAAGUGCGGCUUAUAGUGGGCGAAUAGCAUGUGCCUAUAAAUAUGGAAAAUCUUUUACGAGACCUUCGAGAAAAGACCCUGAAUCUAGAUUUGUCAAUCUAUGUGUAGCUAUUUAUGAAUGCGAAAGUACAGGAGGAUCGGAAUGGAUAUUAGAAGAUACAAUUUAUCUGAAAAACAUCCAUUUACCCAGAAUACAGAUAGACCCGAGUCUUGAUCUUAGUUACUUAUAUGAUCAUUCAUUCUUCACUAAAAAACAGCGGCUACAAAACAACUUCAUAAAAGCAAUCUCUUCUGAAGAAUUAGAUUCAAGAUCUCCUCUUCGCAAUGGAGAUAUCAACAGCUCCAAUGAUAAUAACCUUGUGAAAACUGGAGCAGGGUUACUGGCAGUGCCUAGUUUUAGCACUUUACAGUCUCUACGGAAAUCGAUAAUAGAAAAUGGAAAUACAUGUCCGCUUACACAAAAACAUUUAGUCCAAUUGGACUGGGUUUCAAAAGAAGAUGGAUCUCAUAUUCUAACUGUAGGAGUUGGCAGUAAGGUAAUGCUGUUCACACCCGUUUCAAGUGAUAUAGCCCAAGCAAAUAUGAAAGCGAUGAGAGAAUCUCAGACUUCAAACACUAGACCCAUUCUGAGAAAAGCCUCUUCAUUGGCUGCUCCAAAUUUUGUAGAUGAAAUAAGAUGGAUGAAGCUAAGAAAAAUUGACUUACACACAGCAGACGGAUUGCCGCCUCUACCCAUGCAGAUUUCCUGGGUCAGAGAUGGUAUUCUUGUAGUAGGGAUGGACAGUGAAAUGCACGUCUACUCCCAAUGGAAAUCAGACAGAUUCCGUACAAAACAAUUUAUUGGAAAUGGGUAUAAACUUCCUUAUCAAGAAUCCGAGGAGCUUCAGGACACGCGGAAUCUUCGGGAUGAAGAUUUGAGAAAUCUUGCACAGGAUUCAUCACAAAGACGAUUGGCAAAUGUAAGCUCUAUGCCGCAUUUAUCCAGAGUCAGCUCAAUCAAUCUCACUAUGCUUUCUGUUGAGAGCAAGAAGAAGAAAACAAAUGGCCAAGCAGCACAAGAGAACAAUGGCAACAUGGAUUCCUACAUGCCUGACUAUGGACUUUUUGAAGCAUCAAGAAUUGCUUGCCCAGUUCUUCCGCAAUACCACCCUAAACAACUUAUGGAGCUUUUAAAUUCUGGAAAAAUCAGAUGGGUAAAAGCAAUCCUUGCUCAUUUAGUAAGGUGUAUUUCGGGUACUUGUUCGGUUCAACAAGGAACAGUAGUUUGUUCAAUGUCUGAUGAGGAAACUAUGACCAAACAAAGGGGUUGGUCACGUUCCAGAACAUUAUCUGUUAGUUAUGGUGCAGGCACAACUAGUCCCCUUGAACAGAGAGGAUCCACUACUGCAAUUCCUGAAGAGCUAACUCUAGAUUAUGCAGAAAUUACGUCCAUUCCACCUCUUCCCCUCUGGACGUUGCUAGCUGCUGAUAAAGAAACUAUUAAAAAACAAGGAACUGAUGACAACCCUCAUUAUAAUGAACUUUUUGAUGCUGAUGGAGGUCUACAGGAUGAGCAACUUGAUGAUAUUUUAGCCGAUGAUGAUGAUGAUGCUGUGAUGCGAGGAGAUCGUAGGCCAUCAACUAAUGUCGAGAUGACAAGCAGCUUAUCUCAUUUUGGCCCAAGACAAGGUCGUUUGCUCUCAAGACUUUUGACACAUACGCACUUACCAGGACUUUCCAGUCUUGACCAAAUGCACCUCCUCGCCCUGGCAGAUACAGUAUCGACUUGUAACACCGAUUUUGCUGAGAGAUUUGCAAUCGAUGCUGCUAAGACUGCAAUUGCAAAAGAAAAUCUUACUGGUGUCCCAGAGGGGCAAGUUCAGUCCACUGAUUCAUUGGAUGAUUGUGGGCUGAGAUUUCUCCUGGCGAUGAAACAUUACAAUUAUUUACUUCGGUGUUUACCAAUAGCACAGAGAGCACAGUUUCAAAAACAAGGUGUCUCUAGUAACAAUGUUGUAUGGGCAUUCCAUUCUGAGAGCGAAGAAGAGCUCCUAUCUUUGAUUCCCUGUUAUGCAAAGGGUUCACCAAAGUGGCUAAUUCUAAAGGAAUUAGGUCUUGGGUGGUGGUUGCGAAACCAUACACUUCUAAAAACCUGUAUAGAGAGGGUUGCCAAAGCAGCAUAUAAACAAAAUGAAGAUCCUUUGGACGCUGCAAUAUUUUAUUUGGCUAUGAAAAAGAAAUCUCUUGUUUGGGCCCUUUUCCGUUCAAAACGGGAUGAAAGGAUGACGCAGUUCUUCUCCAAUGAUUUUACAAAAGACCGUUGGAGAAAAGCAGCAUUGAAAAAUGCAUUCGCUCUGCUGGGGAAGCAACGAUUUGAGCACGCUGCUGCAUUUUUCUUGCUCGCUGGUGCUAUCAGAGAUGCCAUAGAGGUCUGUUUGAACAAACUCGAUGACCUCCAGUUAGCCAUGGUUAUUUCUAAGCUCUACGAAGGUGAAAUGGAUCCAACUCCUCCUAAUUUAAAACGACUGCUAUUUGAGGAAAUACUUGGCUGUGACAUGAAUGGCGAGAAUCAGGAUAUGUCUAAAGUUCACCCUGAUCCAUUUUUGAGAUCAAUGGCACUUUGGAUACUCAAAGAUCCAACAGGAUCUUUAAAUACUCUGUUACAAACCAAUGUAGGAACAAUGCACUCACAAUAUCAAGAUGAAGAUAGACCUGAAGGGACUACUGCUAACCCAAAUGUAUUCAAUUUUUAUGUCUAUCUACGAACCCAUCCCCUUUUAAUAAGGCACACCCUUGCUACCACCUACCAGGACAGAAAAAAUCAUACCGUUGUCUUAGCCGGAUUCACGUAUGGGUCAGAGGCUAAAUCAACUCAGAGUGAUAGACAACUUUUAGUUGAAGAUUCAAUUACACCUCUUGAAAGACAGCUUUACUUCACAACUGCUCACGCUCAUUUUAAAGCUGGAUGUCCUGCCUUAGCUCUUGAAGUAUUGUCAAAACUACCCAACAAAGUUAUAGAAUCCACAAACGAUGAUAAUUCUAGUGUUAUUAACAGUCCGAGUAAAUCAAAAAUUCACAAUUUCCAGAUAGAUACUGGAAUACUUAAUUGGAAUGAGCCCAUUGUUGAAAGUUCAAAACAAAAUGAAGUACGUAUGGAAACUGUAGACUGGUCACAGCCUGUAACUGGGCAAAAAGAUGAUAAACUCGAUCUGGGUUGGGAUGAUGAAGAAGAAAACGAAGAGUCUGAAGAAGAUGAGCCGCUUCAAAUGAAGAAAAUUGGCGAUAAUAAUGAUGAACUACGAAAUUCGUCUCAAUCACCAAAAGCAGCUGAACCUUAUUCCAGUGGUGGCCAGAUGGACAUAAUGGCCCAGCAGUUGAAAUUUGUGGCUUGCCUUAAAAUUUUAAUGGAAGAACUUUCGACUCUUGCUACGGGGUAUGAAGUCGAUGGUGGCCAAUUAAGAUAUCAUCUGUACCUUUGGCUUGAAAGGGAAGUAGAAGCCCUUAGACAGUUAUGCAACUACAGCCCUGGUGAUAUUGAAACAAAUGAGAUUUCCUAUGACAUAGCAGAGGCUGCUCAAGAUGUGAGAGAUUGUAACACACCAACACUCAGCAAGGAAAAACCUACUUUACAUGAAAUUCUGAUGGCUGAAAAAUCUGAUUUCGAAGCUAAAGUACAAAGAGCAGCAAGACGGAAGAAAUGGUUGAAAGCAAAUGAGACCCUUCUUAGGACUUUACUCAGCUAUUGUUCCCUACAUGGGGCAAGUGGAGGCGGAUUAGCUUCUGUUCGAAUGGAACUAGUCCUUCUUUUACAAGAACUUCAGCAGGAGAAAACGCAGCAGCAGCUCCUUUCGCCAUUGCCCUUCCCAACGACACUUCCACUCCUCUCUGCCAGUGUAGCGUGCAACAAAACAGUCAUUGCAGAUCCUGUCAGGCACUUGCAGGCACUGGCACAUGACAUGCUUCAGGCUAUUAUAGAACAGCGAACACCUCCAACGUUGAACUGUGUCAACCUCAGUGAAGUCUUUGUUUUGAGGGAUCUUGCUGUUGCACUAUCUGCGUGUAUUUAUCAAUCGCUCUGUGACAGCGAUACAUGCAGUGUAAAACUGAGUGUUGAUAGUUUCCAGGCAUCGGGCUUAGACACAUUGUCUUUUGUAAAUUCUAGCAGUCAUUUAAUAGCGAGUCAGAAUCGUAAGAGGAGAUACUCCGUGGACGAGCCUUUGCAAGUAACGACUCAACCUUCAAAAUGGCCAGGCGUGACAAACCUACGAGCACUCCUUGCCAGAGAAAAAGAUGACGACACGCCAAGAUUGAACAUCCUUCUUUGUGAAACAUUUGUGGCGACAUAUAUGUCCCUUGCAGUAUAUGCACUUGCAACAUGCGAUUGUCAUAUACUGUAUAGGAUAAGUGGCCAAAAUUUUACUGAUUCCACAUGGGCCAUUUUGUUUGGAGGCGGGGUUAAAAAGCUAUUAAGAGUCGCUCAAACUCAAGGGACACCUCCCGUUGAAAGAGAAGCGAGCAUUCCAAAUGAGAGUGGCAUGUGGACGACAGUCACUUCUCUAACAAAACAAAGGAUGCGACUAAACAUGAAACUCUUGGGUCAGUUCGGUUCGCCAACAGGAAGUCAGAAUAUGAAGGAAGAUAAGCCAACUUACAGAGAGCAAUUUGUUCCUCCAGAAAUGUCCAUGAUUUCAUAUUUUCUUAGUAAACCUACAUUGCCUGUUGAAGUCUCUCAGGAUGUUGAUUAUGAUUCUGCUGGCUCUGAUGUAAGUGAUAUGAGUGAAGAGGAAGAAGAAGAUGUCUUUGAGGGCGAGUCCAAAGAGAAAAAGAACAACACAGAUAAAGAGAAUACCGAACAUUCUAACCCUAACAGUUAUUCCUGGGCCAUCAUGAGAUUAGCCGUUCUCAAACUUAUCCAUGAUCAGCUCCAAAGCUUCCUUUCCGUGGCAGGAAUUGAUUUACAGGAGCUCCCGGUCUGCAGCCCGUUGAUUCAUGGGAUUUUAAGAGUAGUUUCUCAGUGGCAGGAGAUUUUAAAAGAAGACCUUGAGGCCCGAGGCCCACCUCCUCCACGAUAUAUUCCAGGCUGUUACGUAGAACCCACACCACUUGGGCAGCCGACUGGACCUGCCAUUAUGAAAUACCGAUCCAUUUUGGAAAAGGGAAAUACUCCUUUCCAUCCCAGACAUUGGUCAGCAGCGCCAGCAAGAAGGCUAUGGAGUUAUUUGGUGAGACAGGAACUAGUACAGGACUUUUUUAUAAAGUGCGUAUUCGGCAAACGUCCACGCAGCUCGAUUGCAGAUACUUGCGACAGAGGGAAUGACGGCAUUCAAACGCCUCAGAUGCUUGAACCAUUUAGAAUAAUACACAAAGAUCAAGAUCAAAUAUCUGCGUUUUGUCUUAAUCAGGUUAAUGGAGGAUUACUUGCUCUGGCUACUCCUCGUGAAGUACAAGAAAUGGACAUUUCACUUCUCCUCGAACUCCCAUCUUGGCUAGAAGAUGAAUGCGAAUUUGACAUAAUUAAUUGCAUAAAGGAACCGGAGUUGAUACCAGCAAGUUCAUUUUUGGUCAUUCAGACACCCACUGAUAAGCCUAUUCUUCAGUCGUCUCCAGUAGGUGGUGGUACAUCAACGAAUACACAACCGGGGUUGGCUGGCCAAUCAGGACGAGGCGCAUCAAUGAUGAAGGGACUCAACUUUCCUGGAUCGCACGAUCCAAACUUCUGUCAGUUUGUUAUUGAUCGCAGCCGGCACUUAAUGAAGGCGGUUUUAAAGCAUCGCGUAGACGGGAUUAGAAAGAUGAGUGCUCAUCCUUUGCUACCUCUAUACUUGACGGGAUCUCAAGACGGUUCUGUGCAGAUGUGGGAAUGGGGUCACAACCAGGCUGUGACCAUCCCCAGGCCAGGGGGAACAUUUGCAAAAGUCACUAGAGUUAGGUUCUCCCAACACGGGAACAAAUUCGGCGUAGCUGACGGCGAUGGCAACCUCAGCCUUUUCCAAGUUGGCAUCUCUUCAUCAGCGUCUCGUCCGUUUUUUACCUGCCAGUGUCACAAUAAAGUGACAAGCGACUUUGUCUUUCUGGGAUCCUGUAGCAUGGUUGCAACCGCUGGUCACAGCUCAGAAAGUAAAAAUGUCGCUCUUUGGGAUACUCUGCUGCCCCAGAAAAAAGCUUUGAUAACAGCUUUCACGUGCCAUGACCAAGGUGCCUCGUCGUUGGUAUUCGCUCCCCAGCACCAACUGCUAAUAUCUGCUGGGAAAAAGGGAGAUGUUUGCAUUGUAGAUGUGAGGCAGCGCUCACUUAGGCACAGAUUCACAGCUCAUGACUCACCUAUAAAAUGUCUUUCUGCCGAUCCUGCAGAAGAAUUUUUUGCUACGGGUGCAGCAGAUGGAGAUAUCAAGGUCUGGGGUUUGACGAUACAUCAAGUUCUUUACAAUUUCCCUGGAGAGCAUGCUAAAUCGAGCUUUUUUAAACCGAUCGGGCAAGGCGUCACCCAGAUCUACCUGGAUUCGAGUGCACGCCUUUUCUCUUGUGGUGCAGAUGGCAGUAUGAAAGUUAGACAGCUUCCAGCACGAGAGCAUGCCCCCAGUAAUGUUUUAAGCUAGUUUAUAAGUCAUUGAGUAUUAGAACUUUUUUUUGUUUUUAUGGGAGGGGGGUCGCGUAACAAUCUUCUUUUCACUGACGUUGUUUGUUUUAUUAUGGUGGAAUUAAUACAUGCGCCCUUGGUUACAAGAAAAAGCAUUUAUGUCCUUAAAAUAGUAAUACUUAAUUAUCAAAAUACUUAUAAAAUUAGAUAAAUGAAUUUGCACACUAGUGUAGGGCGAAACACAUUUUUCAAAAUAAUGUCUUUUAAUUAAUUCAAUUUGCUGAGUAUUGGUGCAGAAUUGAAGUUAUUCCUAGUCUCUUUUAAUUUUUGUUAUUGAUUUUUUUGUUUACCAAAAUUAUUAAAAACUUGUAGUACAUAUUUUUUCCGUGUUUUUUGUUUUUGUUUUUCAAAGCUCACUGGAUAAACAAAUGGUGAUACUUAAGUCAUAUAGGUUCCUUGAUUAUAUUAUUUACCAGUUGUUAUGUUUAAUUAUAUAUAUAUAUAUAUAUAAGAAUUCUUAAAUAUUCUUAAUUUUAUGCUAUUUGUUAGAUGGCCAUCUAAGGUCAGAAUAAUAUAUCACAAAUGGAAAUUAUCAUAUAAAUAUAUUUAAGUUUCACUAUGAAAAUAUGUAUAUGCAUAAAAUAUUUAUUCUUAAUUGUGCCUGAAAUAUGGGUUAUACAAAUAUAUUAUAUGGCGUGAUAUUACAAAAAUGGAAUAGAAGGUUUGUAAAUGAUAAAAAUUUUAAAUGUUUACUCGUAAUAUUCAAUUGAUGAAACUCAGUAAAUUGGGUCUGAAAUGACACCGUAAUAAGCCAGCAAUUAUCAUUCCUGAACUUAACUGAGAUUCUAUUGAGACAAUACCAUAAUACUAUUUUUAAACUAGGUAUUAAGAAAAUGUCCUAGUUCUAAUUAAAUAAUCGUAAUAUUAAGAUGAUGCACUAAGAUGUAAAUUGUGGCACUUGUUAAAAUUAGUCACAAAGUAUUAAGAUUUUCCUUAAAUUGGUUAAAAUUACAUCACAUUUUUUUGUUUACUAAUGGCCUAUUUAAUUAUACAAAAAUAUAAAACAACAAUCAUAUAUUUUGCUUGGUGGUCGUUUAAAAUAUUUUUAAAUUGUUAUUCAGAAAUUAUUUAGUCGUUUACUUACAGUUUAAAUUAUCUCCCCUAAGAUCCCAUGCGAGACUUUUAAGAGUUAAGAAUUUGUUCCCAUGCAAUUUUUCAGUAUUAAGCAAGAAUUUAUUUUUUAACCAUUUUAAUUUUUAAGUUAUAAUUAGUCAUUUGUUAUUGUGAUAGUUUUAUAAUUGCAAAGUAAAAGGCAGUUAAGAUGAAGUUAUUUAAAACAAAACAAAAAAUGUCAAAAAAUAAAAUACAAAAAUAUAAUGUAUUUUAGUAUUAUAAGUAAAUGUGCACUUCUAAUUGUUAGAUUAAGUGUUUAUUUUUAAAAAAUCAAUAAAUAUUUAUAUGUAACUCAAAAAAAAUCAAAUAUAAUUUAAAAAUCAACAAUAAGGCUGUGCUCAUUUACUAAUAACUAAAAUAAGUCGUCAUUUCAUUUGCUGAAUGAAUAUAUAAUUUUUUAUUCAAUCUCAUUAAACAAUUAUAUUUUGUUGUCAUAAAUUUUGUUGUAAAAAACACAAAUUUAUGACUACUUAAGGUUUUAUUGUUAAUCUCAAUGAAUAACGUGAAAAAUGGGUUUAGAAAAAGUUACGAUUUUGUUAUUUUAUAAUAACCAAUAUAUUAUUUAGAUAAAUUCAAUCAUUCCUUUAAAACAGAUAUUUUCUUGUAUAUUUUUAUUAUUUAACUGUUGUCCUCUUUGUAAUUUAUAUUGUUGAACAUUUAUCCAAAAAGGUGUUUAAUUUUUUUUUUUCGCCAUAUGUUGUAAAUUUUAUUUUCUUGUUAGCAUUUAUGCAAAAUCGAGCAUCAUAAUGUAUUUAAUAUUACAAAGCUGUGU